CUCUUGUAUUUUAUCCAGAAGCAAUUCUGGUUGUUUUCCUUUGUUUCACCUCCGUGCGCUGUGUUGUUGAUGUAGUUUAUUUCACUGUUUCGUAGUUAAUUAUCGUUUAUGCGGUAGAGGUAAUAAGAGAAUGCUGGAGUCUCGUAAAAGAAACCAACAGUCGAAGGCAGCAUCGAGCGCGUCGUUUGGUAAGCGUAGCCGUACCAACGAUGAUGCAAACGAAACCAAUUGCACGGAAACGAACUCCAAUGAGAAUGCCAGCCAAAAUCACCAGGAGCGCGGGAUGGAAAUCAUACGCAACGGAAAGGUGCUUCGGAUGGUGUUGAAAAAUUUCAUGUGCCACCGGCACCUAGCAGUAGAGUUUAACAAGCGGGCCAAUCUACUUGUUGGUAAAAAUGGCAGCGGCAAGAGUGCCAUCUUGGCCGCUAUGACGGUCGGUCUGGGGUGUAGUGCGGGCCAAACGAAUCGCUGCAGUAGUUUGAAAGAUCUUAUCAAGCAUGGCGAGUCACAGGCAGUGGUGGAAAUCCACCUCGAGAACGCCAGCUUCGAUGCGUACGAGCGUCAAAAGUACGGCCGAAAGAUUAUCUGCGAGCGUACGAUCAAUUUGUCGGGCGGCGGCUCGUACAAGCUAAAGAGCGAAACCGGGCAGGUGGUCUCGACGAGCCGCAGCGAGCUGCAGAAGAUACUGCUUGCGUUCAACAUCCAGGUGGACAAUCCGAUUUGCGUGCUCAAUCAGGAUCUGGCCCGUUCGCUGCUGAAAGACUCGGACGAGGGUAAGCAGUGGACGUUUUUCACGAAGGCGACCCAAAUCGACACGAUUAAGUUGAAGCUGAACGACUGCGUCACCAUCGCCGAACAGGCCCGCAAGGUGCUGACGGUGAAGGAGCAGAGCCUGCGCUAUCUGGUCAAGGAAAUCGAGGUGCUGGAGGAAAAGCACCAGAACCUGGAGUCGGCCGGUCGGCUGGGAGAGGUGUUGAAGCAGCUGCAAGGGCUGGUCGCGUGGCGUACCGUGUCUGAUCAGGAGCAGCAGUUGGCCUCGGUGGACGAGGAGCUGAAAAAGCUACGCUCGUCGAUCGAAGAACAGGAGCAUCGCAUUCGCAACCGGGAGUCGCUUGUCGUCGAAACGGAGCGUACGAUGCAAAUGCACCGGGUCGAUAUCGAGGGUAAAAAGACGGAGUAUGUGACGCUUAAGGAAGCGUACGCGGCGGUACGGCGGACGAUGCAGGAAACCCAGCAACGACAGGCCGAAAUCGAACGAGCGAUCAGGAAGGGUACCGAUCGUCUUGGGCGAGUGGAAGAAGAGAUCCGUGGCAUCGAACAGGCGUUACAGGAGCGAAAUCAGGAUGGCAUGACGCAGAUGGAGCGGGAAAAGGCGAAAAAUGAAAGCGAAAUGGUCAAGUUCGGGGAGCGCAAAACGGAACUGACGGCACUGAUUGCAAACGCGCAGCGGGAUGUUGAGAUGAUGCACAACACGCUGGCACAGUUGAAGGACAGUCGCGAAGAGAAACAGUACGCGCGUGUGGCGAAACAGAACGAAGCGACCCGGAUUGACCGGCAGCUGGAACAGUUCGAGUCGGCACCGCGCAGCAAACUAGCCAUCUACGGCGCAAACAUGCCCGCCCUGGAUGCUCGCAUACGGCAGAUAUACCAGCAGGGUAGGUUUUCCGAGCUACCGCGCGGCCCGCUCGGCCAGUACAUCGAGGUGCGGGACAAAAAGUGGAGCGCCAUCGUCGAGACGGCACUCGGGGGCUGUUUGUCGGCGUUCUUCGUCAACUCGCAGGCCGACUGGAGCACGCUGGACGCGCUGCUGAAGCGCGAGUUUCCCGAUCUGCACAAUUGCACCAUCUUUACCGGGCGCUUCGUGAAGGAGCUGUACGACGUGAAGCAGGGUUGCGUGCGCGAGCAGGACGGCACGCACUUGCUGAUGAACCUGAUCAAGGUGAAGGAUCCCGUUGUAAUGAACCGGUUGAUCGAUAGUGCCGCCAUCGACACGAUCCUCGUGACGGAACAUCAGAGUAUCGCGAUUCAGCUGACGAGCGAGAUCGAGAAUGUGCCGCAGAAUCUGAACAAGGUGAUCGUGUCUGAGCCGUGCUCGGAGUUCUAUCCGCAGCCGAAGUACCGCAGCUACGGGCUGCAGCAAAGACCGGCCCGCUACCUGCAGGUCAGCAUGGACGAGCUGAAACGGCAGACCCAGCAGCGCAAGGAGCAGCUACAGCGUGAGCUAGUCGAGCUUAACCGGUCCUGCGAGCAGGAGCAAGGCAGGCUGCAGGAGAAAACACACCAACUGCACGCGCGCCAGCAGGAACUGAAGCGGCUUCAACAGGAGCUGCUCUCGAUCGAGCAGCGGCUCGAGGAGCUGUCGUCGGCCGUGUUUGUCGACGAAACGGAGGAAACGACGUUGCGCUCCGAGCUGCAGCAGCUGGAGGAGGCACGUGGCAAGCUGCAGGCAGCGAUCGCUCGCGAACAGUCGGUCGUGGAGACGGUCCGAGAGCGCGUGGAAUCGGAGGAGCGGACCGUGCAGGAGAAAAAGGACGCCAUGGCGUCCGUCGAGGAGGACAUUGCGCGCAUUCAGGCACGCAUCGAGGGUGAACAGCAGAAGCGGCACGAUCUGCAGACGAACCACAAGGUGAAGCAGCAAGCUUUGCAGCGCGCCCAAGAGGCUCUCCGGGAGCGAGUGGAAACGCGCGGCAAACUGAAAAGUGUCUUGGAGCGGGCCCGCGACGAAGCACUGAAAGUAGCGAGCGAGCGACCGGAGGAGGGCGAUGGUGAGCCACUCGAAACGGUCGAGCAGUUGAAGAAAAAAAUUCAUUCCACCGAAAAGCGGAUCAGACAAGCGAACGCAACGCAGGAAAACAUCGAGGACGUUGCGGAAGAGCUGGCGCAAAAGUCAGCGGAACGAGACGAGCUGAUCCAGUAUUCAUCGUCAUUGCGCGAUAUAACGACUCUGCUGAAUAACACACGCAAGUCACGCUUUGCCUAUCUGCAUAAGCUAACGUCACAUAUGUCCCUUCGGGUGAAGCACAAGUUCCAGAGUAUCAUGCAGGUCCGCAACUAUGUCGGUGCGAUCAAGAUCGAUCGGGAGCACGGACGGUUGGCGCUUUCGGUUGUGCCGCGUGACAGCAACAUCCAGAAUGCCGUCUCGACCACCAAGUCGUUAUCGGGCGGGGAACGUUCGUACGCCACCGUCGCCUUCCUGAUAUCGCUCUGGUCCUGCGUCGACACGCCAUUCUUCUUUCUCGACGAGUACGACGUCUUCACGGACCAGGUCAACCGACACACGAUGACCCGGCUACUAUUGAACGAGGCGAACAAGAAACCGGACCGGCAGUUCUGCUUCCUGACUCCGCAGGACAUGAGCGAGAUCCAGGCCACCCCCGAGCUGACUAUCCACAGAAUGGAAGAUCCAGAGCGUUGCUGACAGGAAACAUAAUUAAAACAAUAAACAUGAGAUUAAUUACGUAUCUGUGAGGAUUCCUCAGGACCUGUUACAUGACAUUUUUUUCGGUUCCGCUGGGCGUUAUGAUAUGAGUGCGUUAUGAAAGUAUUUACCAGUUGUUGCAAGUAAUGUUAAAAUGUUUGGUCAAUAAAUAUUUUUCUACAACAAAGUUUA